AUGGACUCGAUUCUCGACGUCAAUCUGUUGAAGUUCGAACAGGGAUCCGAUGCAGAGCGCCAGGCGGUCGUCGAUGGUGUGAUGCGCAGCCUCAAGACCGGCUUCGUGUACACCGCUCACGACGUCGACGCUGAGCUCAUUGACCGUGCGUAUGGAAUGCUCACCGAGUUCUUUGCUCUGGAUGCCACCACCAAGGCACAGACCACCGUCGAGGGCACACACGGCCAGACAGGCUAUACCGGCCUACUCGUUGAGACGGCGGCGACGAGCGACCAUCCCGACUGGAAAGAAAUGCUGAACUGGGGCGACAGCGUUCCUCUCGGUCAUCCGCUGCGCACCCAGUUUCCCACGCGCUACCACGACCCGGUCCUGCCCGAAGCCGAUGUGCCCGGAAUCACCGAAGCACUUCUGGCCUUCCAUCGCUCGAUCGCGGAUCUGCAACGGCGCUUCCUCAGAAUCAUCGCUGUUGGCGUAGGCGCCCACGAACAUCUCUUCGACGAGACUGUGCAGGUUGGAGCCAACCUGACGCGAGCGAUCCGGUAUCCGCCAAUGGCACAGGCCCCAGGCGACACGCACGUGUGGGCCGGCGCCCACGCCGACAUCAACCUCAUUACCGCGCUUCCCCGAGCCACCGCCCGCGGUCUGCAAGUCGAGGUCGACGGCACAUGGAUCGAUGCCGUGCCGCCUGACGGCCAUGUGAUCAUCAACACGGGACUGAUGCUCGAGCGACUGACCAACGGUCCGGGCCAACGACUCUCGGUCGUGCAGUUCUGCCAUCCAUCACCAUGGACGAUGCUCAGUCCUCUGCCGUCCUGUGUGACGGCCGACAAUCCGCAGCGCUACCUGCCCAUCCGAGCGGCCGACGCCCUCGACGAGGUCCUGUGGCAGAUCAAUCUGGUCGAAGACGGCCGCCGCAUCGGCGACUGA